AUGAUGAACCAGUUUGUAAUGGCAGUCAAUUUAGCCUCGCCUGCAGCGAAAAAGUCCACUUAUCCGGGAGCUGAUUCUGUUUAUAGACUUCAUCCAUCUGACCCCGUACAACGGUCGUGGUUUGUCUUUGAGUCCACCCUUGUAGUGCCUGAAUAUCUGGUCGAAUUUCAGUAUACUUACCACAACGAAAACGGAGGAGAAAUCACGCAGAGAAUAUCAGCCAGACAAAAGCGCAUGCUUUUCACAUCGGAGUGCGAAUCAGAUAAAGACAGAGGCUCUUGGAAAUGUAUACCUUUUACUGAUCCUAUACAAACAGUAGCAGCUAAGGGAUCUAGAACUGUAAAUCAUUCUCCACGACAUCAACGCAGUCGGAGGAUAAAACUUUCUGACAAAUCGAUUCUGCUAACAAACGACUUGAUUUUGAAAAAUCAUACUGUUCACGAUUUUUCUAAAGUUUUACAUCUCAACAUUCACAAUUACAACAUUGACGAGAUUGAUGCCUUGAAGAGUUUAGUACAUCUGAAAGUACUAGAAUUAUCGUGCAACAAAAUAUCCAGAAUGAAAGGACUAGAAGAAGAGCGUGUGGAUGAAAGUUAUGCUAAGCAAUUUUAUGUCAUCGCCAAUUCUUUUUCUGAAUGGAAGUUUACUUUUCCAACGAUUUUGGGUGGCCAUGAAGACCUCGCCAAAACUCGCGGCCAAACGCCAGGACAUAACCCCUGGCAGAUGCUAGAACCUAAAGUUCGAAUUCUUAACAGGGUAAAACACUUGCAUAAUGCUCAGGAACUUGAUCAGGAUGAAGCCUGGUUUGAUGAGAUUGAGGAGUUGCAUCUGGAAGAUCAAAAGCUUCGAAAGAUGGAGUCCUUUGGCAAGCUUCCAAAUCUCCGACGGCUUUUGCUGUCCAACAAUGACAUUUCCACCAUUGAAGACUUAGAAUCAUGCACAUUUUUAGAAGAGCUCAUUCUUGACAACAACCAUAUCGAACAGGGCUUGAGUGGGUUAAUAUGUCUGAUGGAGCUGUAUGCGGCAAACAAUCAAAUCUCUGACAUGCGUGAUCUCCUACAUAUACGGGAGCUUCCAAAGCUUAUGGUGCUAGAUGGAAGAAUUGUAACCAGCAGUGAAGUAGCACAAGCGCGGGAGAAACAUAUAGGUCGAUUAACGCGAGAAUCCUUAGAAGAACGUUUAGGACGAAGCUCUUUUAAUGGAGUAGAGGUGGUCGCCAAUGUUUCUGAGAACCUUGUUGUGCUUCGCAUUGAAAACAACAAUAUUGAGAAUGGCCGCUGUUUAGAUAUUUCGUUACCCGUUUUCCAUAGUUCUUCCACUUCUGUUGGCGAUCAACAAAUUAUAACCAGUUGCCACUCUCACGAAGUUACGAGCUACACAUACACUGGACUUGAAAACGUUGAAUGCUUGCAGCUGCUGGAUGGACUGGAUGGAUUGCUAUUUCUGGAGAAACUCUUUUUAGACCACAACAGUAUAAAAGAAAUUGAGCCUUCUUCGUUUGCUGGACUAUACAAUCUCAAGGUGCUACAUAUGAGCGACAAUGUACUGCGUGCGCUUAGUCACAUGGAGCAUCUAACAUCUCUCGAAACUUUGGACUUGGCUUCUAACUACCUAACAUCUAAUAGGCUUGGUGGACUUUCAAGCAUCGACUGCUUGACUCGCAUGCCAAACCUUGUGGACCUGUCCUUGGCAAACAAUCCGUUCCAGGACGAACGCGAAGAAGCAGAUAUAUUCUCGACUGGAAAUAACAAGGAGUCCUUUCCAGUUUUAGAUGGAAGUGGCUUAGUAGAUGUUACGGCCAUACCAGGUAAGGUUCCUUUAAAAGUAACAGCCAUAAACUUUGAAAAUAUGUGCGGUCCUCCAACUUCUCCAAGACAUGGAAAUGGCUCCCUCAAUUGCUCUACUCUCGGCAGCAUUUUCAACUCUGGCAGUACUAUAUCUGCUUCCAAGCCUCAAAUGUUGCCAGCUGUCAACAACUCACUUGGACAGCGGUUUUGGGAGUCAUCAGAAACAAGACAUAUUAUCCAGAAGAAUGAGUUGUCUCCGUGUAGAGGAAGAGGGUCCAAAGUGGAUACUAGCAAGGUGAUUGUGGUACCUAUGCUAUUGAUGAAGAAUCUUAAGAAUGUAAGAGACAGAACCGUGUUUGACAGCUUAAAGUAG